UCUCGUCCCCGUCAUCCCACUGCAUAUACCGACCAAUACCACAUUAUACCGAGAUAUUAUACCGCGUACACCAUUCUCCCGCAGCGGCAGCGUCACUUUGCCGAAUUCGACCAAUUCCUAACCCCUUGCCGUUCGGUAAUCGGCGAGAUUCCGCUACUGCCGCCGCCGCCCUGAGUACUAGCGCACGCACUGUCGUCAGCCGCUCGAAAUCCGUGCUCGGUCCGCACGACGCGACAAAGUUUUAACGACAUUUUUCUGCACCGCGGUGACGCCGGCCGCCUCCGGUUACCACACGUCACUACGCCAGCGACAGAUCGACCGAGUGCGUCCGCCAGACGAAUAACGACGCGAUAUUAUUGUAAUUUGUAACCGCUCCGGCUUCACACGAACGCACGCACACGCACGCGACGUGCGCGCCAACACACGCAUACCGGCAUCCGUUGUCGCCUUGUUCGUCUUCUUCAGUCCUUUUCUCAUUCUUCUUUGGCUAUGCUAAGUAAUCUGCACCACAGAUUAACAAAUAGCCAAUAGAUACCUCCUCCAAACUCCGUGUGUGCCAGAUGAUACGCGCGUGCUGAAAGCCGAGACGCCGCAGCCACAGCCGCCGCCACAACGACUACUGCCACGACAGGGAUCCACUUUACUUCCUCAGGAGACGCCGAUAUUAUUUUUCCGGUAUGGAAGUCAAUAACGCCAGGUUCGACGAAAACGCGGACGAAUCGCCCGCUGACGCUCAGAAGUCUGAUGACCACAAAAAGCUACUCGAAUACGGAAUACACGAAUCGGUUGCCGACAGGCUUGACGAAAUUUAUAAAAGCGGUAAACUAGCACAUUCUGAUUUGGAUACUAGAGCAUUGGAUGCAUUAAAAGAAUUUCCUGUGGACGCAGCUUUGGGAGUUCUUUCUCAAUUCCUUGAUAGCAAUUUAUUACAUGUUUCCAAUAAGUCUGCAUAUUUAUGUGGAGUAAUGAAAACUUAUAGACAAAAAACAAGAAUUACUCCUCAAGAGCCUUUUGUACAACCACCCAAAGGGCCAGAAUUUGAUAAAGUCAAGGAAAUAUUAGCUAGAACUAACUAUAAAUUUGAUGUGACUACUGGGCAGCGAAAGUAUGGUCCCCCACCUGAUUGGACUGAUCCUAAGCCAACAGCCGGUUGUGAGGUGUUUUGUGGAAAGUUGCCAAAUACUGUGUUUGAAGAUGAACUGAUACCACUAUUUGAAAAGUGUGGCAAGAUCUAUGAUUUGAGAUUGAUGAUGGAUCCAUUAUCUGGUACUAAUCGUGGAUAUGCUUUUGUUACUUAUACUACCAAGGAAGAAGCUGAAAGAGCUACUGUUGAACUUGAUGGUUAUGAAAUAAAGCCUGGAAAAAAUAUCAAAGUGAAUAUUAGUGUACCUAAUCUUCGUCUUUUUAUUGGGAACAUUCCUAAAUCAAAAGGAAAAGAAGAUAUUAUGGAAGAAUUUGGCAAAAUAACAAGUGGCCUUACAGAAGUCAUAAUUUAUAGUUCUCCCGAUGACCGUCGAAAAAAUCGGGGUUUUUGAUUUUUAGAGUAUGAUUCUCAUAAAGCUGCUUCUGUUGCAAAAAGACGCUUAAGCGCUCCAAACUACAAAGUAUGGGGCUGUGAUAUAAUUGUAGAUUGGGCUGAUCCUCAAGAAGAACCUGAUGAUGAAACUAUGUCAAAAGUUAAAGUGUUGUAUGUUAGGAAUUUAACUCAAGAAGUAACUGAAAAUCGUCUUAAAGAAACUUUUGAAGCUCAUGGUUCGGUGGAGAGAGUGAAGAAAAUUAAAGAUUAUGCUUUUAUUCAUUUCAAUGAUAGAGGCUGUGCUCUCAAGGCUUUGGAAGAGCUAAAUGGUAGCAAUUUGGAUGGAGCUACUUUGGAAGUAUCACUAGCCAAACCUCCAUCUGAUAAAAAAAAGAAAGAAGAAAUAUUAAGAGCUAGAGAACGUCGGAUGUUUACCAAUAUGCAAGGCCGUGCUUUUGGGUUGAUGCCACAACCUUUAUCAUUGAUGGGUGCUCCAAGACCUGGCUAUCGUGCUGUUUCAAAUAAUCUACGUAUGGCUGGUCGAGGUGACUUCGAUUGGCCAUGGGGAUUUAAUUCAUGGAUGUGGCCUGCAGGCCGCUGGGAUGCUGGGGCUGCCGGCCCUUGGGGAACAGCGUCUACUGGAAAUAGACAAUGGCACGGAGUUGCGCCAAAUAAUCGGUCAUGGGGAAAUGGCAGUGGUGGCCGAGUCGGCGCAACUGGAAAUAGUAGCGGCGCUUCAAGCCAUGGGAAGUUUACAAGAUAA